AAGGAUGAUGUGAUCGAAGUCGGCGGUGUGGUUUUGGAAAGUUUACCUAACGCAAUGUUCCGGUGUCAAAUUGAUGACGCUCCGGAGACGCAGGCCCCUGUGUUGGCAACAAUUAGCGGCAAAAUUCGAAAGAACUUCGUCAAAAUUUUGGUUGGAGACAAAGUCUUGAUUGAGCUGAGCCCGUAUGACUUAACCCGUGGGCGCAUCACUUUCCGAUACCGCUGA